AUGCGUUUGGGAAGCAUUUCGCUGCUCGCUCUGGGAGCGACGACGGCGAGCGCAAUCCGCGACACCUCUCCCUUUUUCCUUGCAUCGACCUCCCAGAUCCCUUCUACGUCGGCACAGCUUCGGACUGCUCCCGCUAUUCUAGAAGAUCUUUCCACGGGGCUGAGCGGCUGCCCUUCCGACUACUAUGUCAUUGCUUCCCAGCCCGGUGUGCACAGCACCGACUUCGCUACCCGCCAGUCCGCACCGCGCCUCGGUGCGAAGAUGACAGGAAAGGACAAGAACAUCCGGGCAAAGAUGAUUGUGAAUGAAGUAGUGGGCGAGAUAGAGGCGAAGGAUGUCCAGAAGCUGCUCGAGAAGGAGUGCGGGGCUGAAUCGACCGUGAUCGACGCUUCCUCUGAUUCUUACUCUGCCGAUUUUGCUGCGGAGUCCCGUAUCAUCGUUGUUGACUUGCCCGUCCUGACUGUGGGAUCUGAGCGGAAGAAGCAGCUUUCGAACAACGAUGGCUUGCUCUUCAAUGUCAUUGAUCAACUCCCGGAAUCCAAGGGCUACACGAUCCUCUACGUCACGUCCCCGAGGGAACUUGAAGACACCGGUUCCGAUUUCUACCAAGCGGAGCAGGAUCCCCUCCACAUGGACCUCAAGCGCGACUACUCCGCUCAUGACAGUCAAACCCCUUCGUCCAACAAGACGCUUUUCCAGGAAUACCAAUUCUUCACCCCAGGCAUUUGGAUGGGAAUUCUUGCAACCUUGGUUUUCCUGAUGAUUUUCUAUGUUGGACUGGCUGCUCUUCUGAGCUUGGAGGUUCCCUAUGCAGCAUUCGAGAAGGACACAUCGGCCGCCGUGCAGAAGAAGCAGCAGUGA